AAAACCCUAACAGCCCUUAUCUCUUUCCCCUCUCUCUCUUAUACACAAAAGAAAACCCUAAACUUUCUAACAGCCAACAGCCGCACUCUCAUCUCAGCCUCUCUGUUUUUGCAUCGGAGCCACGACCUUGACCUCUCACCCUCUCUCUAUUUUCUCAACAGAGCCAGGACCCCGACCUUCUCUCUCACUCGACUUCUCACCAUCUCUCUGUUUUUGCACUGAAGCCAUAGAUCCAUUUGCCUCCAUUCCAAGAACCCAAAACACCCAACAAGCAAUGCCCUGAUCUUCUCUCUCGCUCAUCUCUCUCUCUCUCUCUCUUUCUCUUUUUUUUUUCAGUUCGACGGGCUACCUCCGCAAUCGUGAACCCAAACAGGGAGGCGCCGCUCCCAGACGUGGUUCUGCUGCCGAACGGGGAAGUUGGAAAAAUAUGGUAAUGUAAUUCUUUGAAAAUUGGGAUAUUUUUGGUUGAGUUCACCUUUGUUGAUGGUGUGUUAGUGGUUUUGUAGGUUCCUGGGGCUUUAUGUGUUUUGCAAGAAGCAGGAAAAACUGAACUAGUUCUUCAAAUUGGUGAAAGUUUGCUUAGAGAGAGGCUGCCAAAGUCGUUCAAACAAGAUGUAGUUUUGGCUAUGGCACUUGCUUAUGUUGAUUUGUCUAGGGACGCUAUGGCACUGUCCCCUCCCAAUUUCAUUCGGGGUUGCGAAGUGCUUGAAAGGGCUUUGAAGCUCUUGCAGGAAGAAUGGGCUAGUAGCCUUGCGCCGGAUCUACAAUCACAAAUUGAUGAAACAUUAGAAGAGAUAACCCCUCGUUGUGUUUUAGAGCUUCUAGCUUUACCCCUGAAUGAUGAAAACAGAUCAAGAAGAGUUGGGAAGUUGGGAAGUGGAUAA